CUGAGAAUCAUAUUCAAAAUUGAAAAUACAUUUACGUAUUAAUUUCAAUGGAUAUCGUUUUCAACAGUUAGAUAACCCAAGUCGACAUAAAGUUUUAUAUAUUUCCAUGCUUUGUUACUGAGUAAAUACACGUAGGUUAGGAUUUUAUGUUGGUUUCCUAAAAUGUCUUUUCCUGGUGAUAAUUUGAUGGGAGGCUAUGAACCGGUGCGUGGUCGUGAUGACCAGAACAGCUACACAGUGCGGCAGGCGUAUGAAGAUGGCGGUCUCAAGGCUGGAGCUAGUCGCGUGGCCCGGCUUGCAUAUGGCGUCCUCUCCCGGCGUAAAGCCGCGGAGGAGGGCGCGGCUCGACUGGCCCGAGUGCUCUCAGCCCUAGAUCUAACUGCUCUCGGGGUCGGCAGCACCCUCGGAGUGGGUGUCUACGUCCUUGCUGGUGAUGUUGCCAAGAACUAUGCUGGUCCUGCCGUGAUACUGUCGUUCCUAUUGGCUGCUGUUGCCAGUGUUUUUGCAGGACUAUGUUAUGCGGAGUUCGGUGCUAGGGUGCCGAAAGCCGGGUCGGCGUAUGUGUACAGCUACGUCUGCGUCGGCGAGUUCAUCGCGUUCAUCAUCGGCUGGAACCUCAUACUCGAGUAUAUUAUUGGAGCAGCAUCAGUAGUGAAGGCUUUGAGCGAAUACUUAGAUUCACUAACAAACAAGGCUAUAUCUACGCACCUAGAAGCGGCCAUGCCUAUAGACACGCCACAUCUAGCGAAGUACCCAGAUAUAUUCGCCUUCUCCGUUAUCAUGGCGUUCUCAGUGGCGCUUGCUUUCGGCGUGAAGGAGUCGACGAAGUUCAACAACUUCUGCACUGGUGUCAACCUGUGUGUCGUUCUGUUUGUCAUCAUAUCUGGAUCUUUUAAAGCCGACACUAAGAACUGGCGUAUCCCAGCUGAGGAAGUGCCAAAAUCUGAACAUAAAGACUUCGGUACGGGCGGGUUCGCUCCGUACGGACUUGCCGGGAUCAUCAAGGGAGCGGCCGUCUGCUUCUAUGGGUUCAUUGGUUUCGACUGCGUGGCGACGGCGGGCGAGGAGGCCCGUCGGCCGCAGAAGUCGAUCCCGUUCGCGGUGGUGGCCUCCCUGCUCGUCGUGUUCCUGGCGUACUGCGGGGUCUCCUCCGUGCUCACUCUCAUGGUGCCCUACUACAUGCAGGACGAGAAGGCCCCGUUUCCGUUCGUGUACGACCAGUUGGGCUGGCCGUGGGCCAAGUACGCCGUCAGUGUCGGCGCCAUCUGUGCACUCUGCUCCAGUUUGCUCGGCGCAGUGUUCCCUCUCCCCCGCAUUAUAUACGCGAUGUCGUCCGACGGUCUGUUGUUCCGGUUCAUGGGACAGGUGAGCGAGAGGUUCCAGACUCCACUCAUUGGGACCAUGAUCGCUGGACUCUUUACUGGUACCCUGGCGAUGAUCUUCCGCCUGGAACAGUUGAUCCACAUGAUGUCCAUCGGCACUCUACUGGCGUACUCCAUGGUCGCGUCCUGUGUACUACUGCUUAGAUACGAGUACAGCCAGCCCGCGCACCGCGGCCAGGGCCCGCUGCAGUGGUCGGCGCGCGCCGCGCUGCGACAACUCGUCAACGCGGACCGACACGCACUGCCCACCAAACUCAGCUCGCUCACUGUCUCCGUACUCGUCACUCUGUACGGUAUAUGGUGUUUCGUGAUGAUGUCAAGUAUCAAUCAGUACGGUGACGCCAUCCUGGAAGGCCACGUGGGCGCCGUGGCCAUGUUGGCUGUAGGAACUAUACUCGUCGUGGUCACUCUCGUGGCCAUCUCACGACAACCUGUGUCCGAUAAGAAACUGGCCUUCUCUGUCCCCCUAGUCCCGUGGUUGCCAGGUAUAAGUAUCCUCAUCAACGUGUACUUGAUGCUCAAUCUGGAUUACAUGACCUGGCUACGGUUCGCCGUCUGGAUCGCCGCUGGUCUCCUAAUCUACAUUACAUAUGGCGCGUGGCACAGUUCAGAACGCAAGCGCAAGAACGAUACUGUACCAAUGGCAGACUUGCACAGUGACAGUCAGACCGCUUUGCUGAACAAUGGACUGACUCACGCGCUCGGCUGACAGUCAGCCAAGCAGGUCAACCCAGACACAAGUGAAGGUAUCGUCAGCCCUUCCAGUACUGUUGUCUCAUUUAUUUCUAGCAUUUAGGAAUUGUAAACAGUAUUGUAUUAUAGUUUUCGUAAGAGAUACUAAAAUCAACUAUAUAUAUAUACCGGUUUAUUCACGAACUAUAAUGAGGAUCUCGACUAAUUUCAAACCACGUUAGGGCUCAUAUUCAUGAGUAGCAAUGCGCGACACACUAACACCGGUAAACAUAGUAGUUGAAGAAAGUAUUCAUGUGAACAUAAGUAGUAAUCAAAAUUUUAUACGCCUAAAACUACAAGGAACCAAAAUUAGAGAUUCCGUAAAAGAUAAGGAAAACUUACUUUCCUGAUUUUUGGUAUGAUAAAAUGUAUAAAAACGUAUGCUUAUGGUUAGUGUAAAAAAUUAAAAAGAACCUGAUAGGUACGCCUACAAUCCACAAUUUUGCUUCUUAAAAAUUACAAUCCACAAUUUUGCUUGAUAAAAAUGUUCUCAUAGUCGAUAAACUAAUAUGUAUUAGUUGUAGCUGUAGUUGUAGUUGUAGCUACACAAAAAAAUAUGUCAUAGAAACACGAAUUUCUAUGACAUAUUUUUUUAAAUGGCAAGAAUACCUAUUUAUGUAUAUUAAUCGAGUAAAUCAUGGAAUCAUUAGCGUCUGGAUUCCAAGUUUUUUUUUUAAAUUAAUGUAUUUUAUUUUAACACACCUUUAUAACAAUAUAUCAGUAGAUACCUAUAAAGAAAGGAAUUACAUUAUAAGUGUUAUCAUGUUGCAAUGAACUUAUUAUAAUUAAUAAUCUUAGAAAUAACUACAAUAGCUAAAAUCAAAGGUUAACGAUCCAUACAAUACAGAAUAAUUUUAGUUUUAAGCUAUAAUGAUAGGCCAAAAGGAGAUGGCGGGACGAAUUGGAUAUGUAUGACAUGGAUUGGCCGUAAAAACCUUUACAUAGAGAGGAGUGGAAGGAGGGUAGGGAGGCCUUUGCCCUGCAGUGGGACGAUCAUAGCUGAAAAUAAAAUAAAAUAACAGGCUUAAACGAUCUAAGGUCAAGGUCAUUUGAUAAUUAAAAAGCUUCAAUAAGUAGUUAAUGCAUUUAAGAACUACUUUUGUUACUUAAAUGAUGUCCAAAUACACAAACGACACUCAAUUUAAGUCGCGCUGAAGUAUAGUACUGUCUCUACAAACUCUUUGUAAACUGACAGAGACGGCACGAUAUUUAAGUACAACUUAAAAUUUAGUAGUCUUUCA